UGCGUGGGAGUCACACUUUGUCUAGUGUUCACAGUUAAAGUAAAAAACUGCCGCUGCGGCGUAACCCCUCUCCCAAUCAAAACCGCAAACCCUCUCUCUCCUCCCUAUCGCAUUCCCUCCCAUGGCGGACUCUGAAAACCUAAACCCUAAAGUCGACCCCGAACAACAACCCCCCUCCAAUCUCAACCAAAACGGACACCACGACGCCGACCCGGAGGAACCCGAUGACGACGAAUUCGAAGAAGAAGAAGAAGAAGACGACGACGACGACGACGAGGAGCCGCCGCCGCCGCUGCAGCGAAAGCCGUCCUCGGAGGAGUCACUGCGUUCGUCGAAGGCCAAGCUGGAGGGCCUGGUCCGUCGGAUGGAGACGGAGAAAGUCGAUCUGAGGGUGCACGAUGUUGUGAUCAGAGGGAACACCAAGACCAAGGAGUAUCUGAUCGAGGCCGAGCUCGAGGGGAUUAGGAAGGCCACGACUAUGCAGGAGCUUCUCGAGGCCUCGGCUAAGGCCAAUGCCAAGCUUAAAGAGCUCGAUAUCUUCGAUUCCGUUCGGAUCACGCUUGAUUCCGGCCCGCCGGAGCUGCCGCGAACCGCCAACGUCCUCGUCGACGUCGUCGAGACUGAGAGUUUGAUUACUGGUGAACUCGGUUGUUACACUAAGCCGGCGGCUAGAUCUUGGACAGCUGAGGGUUCACUCAAGUUUAAAAAUUUGUUUGGAUAUGGGGAUAUGUGGGAUGGUUCUUUGGCAUAUGGUCCCAGCCAAACAUCGGAAAUAAGUGCUGGUGUGCUUUUACCCCGGUUCAAAGGAUUUGUAACUCCUGUGACAGCACGUGUAUUCCUCCUUUCCCAAGAUUGGCUGGAGUUAUCCUCUUAUAAAGAGCGAAUGGCUGGGCUCUCGCUUAGCUUAUUUUCAACCAGGCAUCAUGAUGUUGAAUACAACCUUGGUUGGCGUACACUUACAGAUCCAUCACAAAUGGCCUCCAAGUCAAUUAGAAGGCAGCUUGGCCAUGGCUUACUUUCAUCCAUAAAGUACACAUUUACACUUGAUAGGAGAAAUUCAUAUUUGAGGCCAACUCGAGGCUAUUCUUUUGUUUCUUCUAGUCAUGUUGGUGGCCUUUCCCCUGAUAGUCGGAGUGUCCGGUUUUUGCGCCAGGAGCUUGAUCUUCGUUAUGCAGUCCCAUUUGGAUUUUAUCAUGCUGCACUCAACUUUGGGGUCUCUGGGGGAGUGGUCUUUCCUUGGGGGAGUGGGUUUUUGAACAAGCCCUCAUCUCUUCCAGAGCGGUUCUUCUUAGGUGGUGAUUUCUCUCCUGUUUGCACUCCUGGGGGCCCUGCAACAGUGUGGGGAUUUAAAACAAGAGCACUAGGCCCUACUGAACCAAGAAGGCAUGUCAGAGAUAAUUCUAAUGAUGAGAAUUCAGAAUCCUCUGGAAGGGAUUUUGUUGGAGGAGAUCUUGCUCUUUCUGCAUUUGCAGACAUUUCAUUUGACCUUCCAUUGCGCUGGUUAAGAGAACGCGGAGUUCAUGGACAUGUUUUUGCGGGUGCGGGGAAUGUAGCAAAACUGUCGGAGAACGAGUUCCGAAAAUUUUCCUUGCAGAGGUUCUUUGAGUCAUUUCGAAGUUCAGUUGGAGCUGGGAUUGUCAUCCCGACAAAAUUAUUUCGCCUUGAGUGCAACUACUACUAUAUCCUGAAGCAAUUUGAGCAUGAUGGCGGAAAGACUGGCUUUCGGUUUAGCAUCUCAGCUCCAUCAUUAUAGGAAUUGUUUUUCCUUCUGAUGUUUGAUGUUCGGUGAAUUUGAGGUGACCCCGGAAACAUGCCAUUUCGAUUUUCUGGUGCUUUGAGUUUUUUUCUUACGGGAUGGACAACUCCACUAUUGGUUAUAAUCUUAGCUUAGACAUUGCUACAUUUUCUUGUAAUUUCAACCUUUGACUAAAAUUUCGGGAAAGCCUGAUGCUUUGUGAGUUUCUGAUCCCCAUAGAGGAAAAUAACAUGAGAUUCAAGUGCUGGAAUACAUAUGGCUGCUUUUGGUAAAGUGUGUCAAAAGGUUCUGGAAGACCAUCAUGCUUUAUA